AUCAAACUGAAGAAGUUACAGUUUCCAAAUCAAAUGUCAUUCAAAGUGAGAAAAUUCCCAGUCAGAGGCCCCAAAGAAUUUCCUCUUUUACUUUGCUUUGUCUCAAAGCCAUCUCUAUCUUCCUUCUUAGGGACUGAAAUGGGUUUAAGGCAAUUAAUGCAUAAGUUCUAGUUAGAGGGAUAUUUUGUACUCAAGAUGGAAGCAUCAAUGAAUGAAAAACCGUUCUCUGCGUGGUCAUGGUGUGUUGAGCAGUGUUUGAAAGAGUACAAAGUGAAACUAGACAAGGGUUUGAGCACUUAUGAGGUUGAAAGGCGGCGUGAGAGGUAUGGUUGGAAUGAACUUCAGAAAGAGAAGGGAAAACCCCUAUGGCGGCUAGUACUAGAACAGUUCGACGAUAUGCUUGUGAAGAUUCUUCUUGUUGCAGCCUUCAUAUCUUUCAUUCUAGCUUACUUGCACGGAAACGAAACUGGCGAGUCUGUCUUCGAAGCCUAUGUGGAGCCAUUUGUGAUUGUCUUGAUUUUAGUACUUAAUGCUAUUGUGGGUGUUUGGCAAGAGACCAACGCUGAGAAAGCACUUGAAGCCCUUAGAGAGAUGCAAUGUGAAUCAGCCAAGGUUUUGAGGGAUGGAUAUUUGGUUCCCGAUUUGCCAGCAAGAGAACUUGUUCCUGGAGAUAUUGUAGAAUUGAGGGUCGGUGACAAAGUCCCUGCUGACAUGAGAGUUGCAACACUGACAACCUCGACAUUAAGAGUGGAGCAGAGCUCAUUGACCGGAGAGGCCAUGCCUGUUUUAAAAGGCACCAAUCCUAUCUUCAUGGAUGACUGUGAAUUACAAGCCAAAGAAAACAUGGUUUUUGCUGGCACAACAGUCGUGAAUGGUAGUUGCAUUUGUGUGGUCACGAGCACUGGAAUGACCACUGAAGUUGGGAAGAUACAGAUGCAAAUCCACGAGGCCUCUUUGGAAGAAACUGACACCCCUUUGAAGAAGAAGCUCGAUGAAUUUGGAAACAGGCUUACGACUGCUAUAGGCCUUGUUUGCCUCAUUGUGUGGGUUAUUAACUAUAAAUAUUUCCUUACUUGGGAUCUUGUGAAUGGAUGGCCUACAAACUUUCGAUUUUCUUUCGAGAAGUGCACAUAUUAUUUUAAGAUAGCUGUUGCUCUGGCAGUUGCUGCCAUCCCAGAAGGCUUGCCAGCUGUAAUCACAACUUGUUUGGCUCUGGGUACAAGGAAAAUGGCACAGAAGAAUGCGAUUGUACGGAAGCUUCCUAGCGUGGAGACCUUAGGAUGUACAACUGUGAUUUGUUCUGAUAAAACUGGGACUCUGACAACAAAUCAGAUGUCCGUGAUGGAAUUUUUCACUUUAGGCGGAAAGACAACAUCAUCUCGAAUUUUUCGUGUUGAAGGCACAACUUAUGAUCCUAAAGAUGGGGCGAUUGUUGAUUGGAAUUGCUACAAUAUGGAUGCUAACUUGCAAGCCAUGGCAGAAAUAUGUGCUCUCUGCAAUGACGCUGGUAUAUUUUGCAAUGGCCAUCUCUUUCGAGCGACAGGUUUGCCCACUGAAGCAGCUCUUAAGGUUCUGGUUGAGAAGAUGGGAGUUCCAGAUAACAAGGCUAGGAACAAGAUCCGUGACACACAGCUUGCUGCGAACUAUUUGAUUGACUCCAACACUGUUAAAUUGGGUUGUUGUGAAUGGUGGACGAAAAGAUCGAAGAGGCUUGCCACAUUAGAGUUUGAUCGCAUUCGCAAGUCAAUGAGUGUUAUUGUCCGGGAACCAACUGGACGCAAUCGACUACUUGUCAAGGGUGCUGUUGAGAGUCUAUUGGAGCGCAGUUCUCACAUUCAACUUGCAGAUGGAUCACUUGUCCCAAUUGAUGAACCUUGUAGGCAACUACUAUUGUUGAGACAUUUGGAGAUGAGUUCAAAAGGAUUGCGGUGCUUGGGAAUGGCAUACAAGGACGAUUUGGGAGAAUUUUCAGACUAUCAUAAUGACACUCAUCCCGCUCACAAGAAGUUACUCGAUCCAGCUUCCUACUCCUCCGUUGAAAGUGACCUAGUUUUUGUGGGGGUUGUCGGUCUGAGGGAUCCUCCUCGUGAUGAAGUUCACAAAGCAAUUGAUGAUUGUAGAGGAGCUGGGAUUAAAGUCAUGGUGAUAACUGGCGAUAAUAAGUUGACUGCAGAGGCUAUUUGUAAAGAAGUUCGAUUGUUUUGUAAAAGUGAUGAUCUUAGGGGGAGAAGCUUCACGGGUAAAGAAUUCAUGGCUCUUUCCUCUUCUGAGCAAAUUGAAAUUUUGUCAAAACCUGGAGGGAAAGUGUUCUCACGUGCGGAGCCUAGGCACAAGCAAGAAAUUGUAAGGAUGCUAAAGGAGAUGGGAGAAAUUGUUGCAAUGACUGGUGAUGGUGUGAAUGAUGCACCUGCACUGAAACUUGCUGAUAUUGGAAUUGCCAUGGGGAUCACUGGCACAGAGGUUGCAAAAGAAGCUUCAGAUAUGGUUUUGGCAGAUGAUAAUUUUAACACCAUUGUCUCUGCUGUGGCAGAGGGUCGCUCUAUUUAUAAUAACAUGAAAGCUUUUAUCAGGUACAUGAUAUCGUCUAAUGUUGGGGAGGUUAUAUCCAUAUUCUUGACUGCUGCUUUAGGAAUUCCAGAAUGUAUGAUACCGGUGCAGCUUCUUUGGGUCAAUUUGGUUACUGAUGGCCCACCUGCCACAGCUCUGGGAUUCAACCCUGCUGACAUAGAUAUAAUGCGGAAACCACCACGCAAAAGUGAUGAUGUGCUCAUUAACUCUUGGAUUCUGUUCCGGUACAUGGUAAUAGGUUCUUAUGUGGGCAUUGCAACGGUUGGCAUCUUCAUCUUGUGGUACACUCAGGCUUCGGUUUUGGGUAUAAAUCUUGUAAGUGACGGUCACUCACUCGUUGAAUUUUCUGAGCUUCGGAACUGGGGAGAAUGCUCAUCAUGGUCAAAUUUCACCGUGACUCCAUUCAUGGUUGGUGGUGGCCGUGUGAUCACCUUUUCAAACCCUUGUGACUAUUUUACCAUUGGUAAAGUGAAAGCGAUGACUCUCUCACUUUCUGUCUUGGUGGCCAUUGAGAUGUUCAAUUCCCUAAAUGCCCUUUCUGAAGACAACAGCUUAGUCACAAUGCCACCUUGGAGGAACCCUUGGCUUCUUGUCGCCAUGUCAGUCUCGUUUGGGCUCCAUUGCCUAAUACUUUAUGUACCUUUCCUAGCCGAUGUGUUUGGUAUCGUUCCACUGACUCUGAAUGAAUGGUUUCUGGUUAUCUUGGUUUCGGCACCUGUGAUUUUGAUCGAUGAAUUGCUCAAAUUUGUGGGGAGGAGGAGGAGGAGAUGGAGAACCAAGGUGAAGAAGGCAUAAAAUGUCAUUCGGUUUACAUUUUGGCAUAAAAGCAAGUUUCACACUGGAGGAGAGGGAUUAGAGCCAACAAUGUCAUGGAUGUAUUAAGAAUAUUAUUAGAUAGUGUUUGUUUUUUCUAUUUAACAAUACCAUGUUCCAUAUCAGAAAGAUAUGCCAAUUCGUUCACAAAGAUUUUUUUAAGGUAACUCGUUCACAAAGAUAA